AUGGAACAAAAAGAGAGAGAAUAAGUUAUGCAAGAAUUCAAAAAAGGAGCUGCCAGAAUCCUUGUUUCAACAGAUCUUAUGGGUAGAGGAAUUGAUGUCCAAUAAUUGUCAUUAGUCAUCAAUUAUGAAUUCCCAAGAUUAAAGGAACAAUACAUCCAUAGAGUUGGAAGAGCUGGUAGAUAUGGUAGAAAGGGAGUUGCCAUCAAUAUGGUAGCACAACAAGAAGCUAAUCUCUUGUUAGAAGUUGAAAAAUAUUACAACACUAAAAUUGAUGAAAUGCCCAAAGAUUUAGCUGAAGUAGAAAAAGAAUUAAGUUGAAAUAUGGGUAUUUGUUAUAAAAGAGUAUAAAUAUCAAUUUAUUUAUUAUUUAA